AAUCUUUGUUUGAGGAGGGGUUUCACAGAAAUCGAACCAUAGGAAAUUAAUCUUGUAAUAAUGGAGAGUAGCAUUAGCGAAACACUGACAUUAUGCAGAAAAUAAUUUGAGACGUUCCACGGCAAAUCAAAGAUUGGUAACGACGGGAUUGAGUUGGGUGGAAUUCUUGAAGCCCAAGAAAGAAAAGAAAAGAAAAGACGAGAUUCAUUUCUCUCUUAUAAUACCGUAGCUAUUGCUAAAUGCUAAGUGCUAACUAACCAUUAAUUAACCAAACACAAACACAAACACAUUCUUUCAGAUUUCAUCUCCUCUUCUUCAGGAUCUGACCCGAACCCGAAGCAUGGUAUCCGCUUCCGAACCAGAUCGAUGCUCGCCAACUUCGCGGACUCCGAGCCGCCUCUCCAGCUCCCGUAGAUCCCAAUCCCACUUUUCUUCGUGGUAUCCAAGGAAACGAGCCAAACUGCUUCUCUCGCUUAUUGCUUUUCUCGCUUUCGUUUUCUUUCACAAUUGGUUUAUGCUUCUCCGUUUACAACAUCAACCCGAUCCUAUACCCAAACCUACACUUCGUUCCUCCUCCGUUUCACUUUCUCUUCAGGUAUGUGCCCUGCUUUAUUCUUAUUUUUAUUUGUAUAAAAUAGAACAUUUGAAACGCUUAUUUCAUUUUCAGCGGAAAUGGAACAAGCCUUCAAAUAAGAAAAAAUCACAAAAGGGGAAUUAUGCAAGGAUGUUGGCAUUGGCUGCACAUGCCUUGGCAGAGAAUAAACGCGAACCUAAAGAUUUGUGGCAAGAACCCUUCGUUCCUGCUUCUUCUUGGAGACCUUGUGCUGAUCAGCGGAAUUGGGAACCCAAUGAGGGAAAAAAUGGAUACAUUUUGGUUACUGCAAAUGGUGGGAUCAAUCAACAACGAGUAGCUGUUUGUAAUGCUGUCGUUGUGGCUCGUUUACUCAAUUCAACUUUAGUUAUCCCCAAAUUUAUGUACAGUAGUGUAUGGAGAGAUGUGAGUCAAUUCAGCGAUAUCUAUCAGGAGGAGCAUUUUAUUAACUACUUGACUCCUGAUAUUCGGAUAGUGAGGGAGCUUCCAAAGGAGCUACAAUCUUUGGACUUGGAGGCAAUUAGUAGUGUAGUGACAGAUGUUGACAUGGAGAAGGAGGCCAAGCCAAGUUUUUACUUAAAACACAUCUUACCUAUUAUACUUAAAAAUCAAGUUGUUCACUUUGUUGGAUUUGGUAAUCGCCUGGCAUUUGAUCCAAUAGCAUUUGAGCUGCAGAGACUUCGUUGCAGAUGUAAUUUUCAUGCCCUGCAAUUUGUUCCCAGAAUACAAGAAACCGGUGCUUUGCUUCUUAAAAGAUUGCGUGAACAUUCAGGUCUUGUUGGACCAUUGGAUCGUUAUCUUGUUGGUCCAUUUGCCGAAUCAAUGAAGGAGAAAAGUGAAAGUAAUGCCAAGAAAGCAUCCAAGUAUCUAGCUUUGCAUCUCAGAUUUGAAAUUGACAUGAUAGCUCAUUCUUUAUGUGAAUUUGCGGGAGGUGAAGAAGAGAGGAAAGAAUUGGAAGCAUAUCGUGAAAUCCAUUUUCCUGCAUUGUCACUGCUGAAGAGGACUACAAAAUUACCUUCUCCUUCUGAGCUCAGGUCUGAAGGCCUAUGUCCUUUGACACCUGAAGAAUCCAUCCUUAUGCUUGGUGCUCUUGGUUUUAACCGCAAAACACACAUAUUUGUAGCUGGUUCUAAUUUGUACGGAGGUGGCUCACGAUUGGUUGCUUUGACCAAUUUGUACCCUAAAUUAGUCACCAAAGAGAACUUGCUUUCUUCAGCUGAACUCGAAUCUUUUGCUAAUUAUUCCUCUCAGUUAGCAGCACUGGACUUCAUAGGCUGCACUGCUUCAGAUGCAUUCGCCAUGACUGAUUCAGGAAGUCAACUAUCAUCUUUGGUGUCUGGGUAUCGAAUUUAUUAUGGUGGUGGAAGAAUGCCAACAAUACGUCCAAAUAAACGUAGACUUGCUAGUAUAUUUAUGAAGAACUCUACCAUAGAAUGGCGUGUUUUUGAACAGAGAGUGAGGAAAGCAGUUAGGCAAACUAAACAUGUACAGACAAGGCCGAAGGCAAGAAGUGUUUACAGGUAUCCUAGGUGUAAAGAAUGUAUGUGCAGAACAGAUUAAUUUAUUUAUAUUAGCUUGGCUGUAAUGUGAUUUCUCAUUGUAAUUCUUAGCAUUGUUGUUCAUUAUUGCCAUUCAAUUUUUUCCCUCUGGCUAGAUAGGUUAGUCUGUGCCAUUAUAGUUAUAACUACACUCAUAGGCGUGAUUUUGAUUGGGAUUUGAUCUCACAUGGUGACAGUUGAUCUCACAUUUUGUUAACAAAAGCUGAAAAUUCUCAUAUUUUGUGACA